UCUGUGUUGUACUCUGACCCAGCGCAGGCAGCGUGCGGUUUCGUGUCCGUGUCCCCGGUCCUCCUGCAGCCGCUCGGUGACGAACGGCCGGAGGGUCUGAACCCGGGACAGGAAGCAGCGGAUCGUGUUCAGGUCAUGGAUGCAGAGAGCGGGGAGUUGUUUCUCGGUGACGGCGUGGCGGCGGACAGCUGGCAGCUCGACGCUGCGUUCUCCUGCUCCGACCUCGUCUUCAGCAGCUCAGAGAAACCCCUGCAGGACUGGGCGGUAGACCCCGACUGUACGCUGAAUGACAGUGAACCGGAGGACGUCCUUCACGCCGUCGACCCAAACGAGGUGUUUCCCAGCGGGCCGCCCGCUGACCCCUCGUCCGAGAGCGACAGCGGCAUCUCUGAGGAUCCUGUGGUCGAGAGUCCUGUCACCAUGGUGACAGCCAAUCAGCCUGCCCCGGCGACCGUCUACCAGGUGGUCUAUGACAUCAGCGGACUGGGCGGCGUGAAGACUGAACCCGGACACGAGAACGUCAUCUCCAUAGAGCUGGAUCAAUGGAGCUCUCAGGUGUUGUUUUCAGACUCGUGCAUCGUGAACGAGCUGCCCGUGCUGCCCGCUGCUCGCCUCGAUGGCGGUUUGAUCGCCGUCGACCCUCCGAGCCCCGACGCUGAUCCGCUGUACCCAGACCUCCAGCUGACUGAGGAGGAACAGAAGCUGCUGAGCCAGGAAGGAGUGUCUCUGCCCAACAACCUCCCUCUCACCAAGGCCGAGGAAAGGAUCCUGAAGAGAGUCCGCAGAAAGAUUCGCAACAAGCAGUCGGCUCAGGACAGCCGGCGCAGGAGGAAGGAGUACAUCGACGGGCUGGAGAGCAGGGCAGCAGCUUGCUCGGCUCAGAACAAGGAGCUGCAGAGGACGGUGGAGCAGCUGGAGAAACGCAACAUGUCUCUGCUGGCUCAGCUGCGACAGCUUCAGUGUCUGAUUAAACAGACGGUCAGUAAAGGAGCCCAGACCAGCACCUGCUUACUGAUCAUCUUGGUCUCUCUGGGUCUGAUCAUCAUGCCGAGUUUCAGUCCGUUCAGCCGGAGCUCGUCAGCUGAUGACGACUACAGACCAACAGGAGUUAUUUCCAGAAACAUCCUGACAGACCCCUCCUCCUCCUCCUCCUCCUCCUCCCAGCCGACAGCCGAUGAUGCUGACGGUCAGGCUGACCAGCCGGACUCCUCGUCACCGCCCUCUGAAGUCCAAUCAGGACCUCCGGAUGGCGCUGCCUUCCUCCAAGAACCAGUAGAAAACCCUGAUAAUCCAGGUUUCGGUGGGGCGGGCCAAUCAGGGAACGGCUCAGCUCUUGUUGCCGGGCAGACUGAGCCGCUGGCGCUGGGUCUGAGGUCGGCGGCGGGUAAAGGAAGCCGCGAUCCCGGCAAACCUGCACACGCUGACGAGAUGUAGACGGACGGUUUCAGUGAUCGGGUCAGGACGCUUCGAUGGUCGCUGAAGUCGACCCUGUGACGUCUCAGUGACGCCAUGAGGAGUUCAAACAUUAGGCAGGAAGUCAUUGAUUGGUGGUGGGUUCCAGAUUUUAUUCAAACGUUAAUGUAACUUUACAUGAACAUCAGGAGGAGACGUCUGAUCGACUCAUUCUAUCUUCAAUGAGUUGGACCGGCUAACAGUUUCCCUCUGUUCACAGUCUUUGUGCUAAGCUAAGCUGAUUCCACCGGACUUUGACUCUCAAAGGUUGUGACCUGGAUUAGCGGUUGUAGCGACAUGCCGGCUAACCGAACCAUCUCGAGGCUAAAUGGACUACGAUCCAAGCCAGACUACCGGACCUAAAAACACCUGAUUCCUAAAGCCAAGAGUUCAGUUUCAGUAUCUGAUCCUGCAGAAUCUCCAAUCGUCCGACCGUACACGCCUUCUGUCUUUUUUGUUUUGAUGAUUCUGGUGAACCACAGCUGAACCUGAUAUGAUCCAUAUUUUAGGUUUUUGUAGCGUUUGGUUAUUAUUUUUUCCACAUGGACUUUGACUUGGUUGGUUUUGUUUCCAUGGUAAUCGGUUUAUUUUCCACUUUUAAAGAGAUUUUUUAGAUUUUCACUGUUUUUAAGAUCCAGUUCACUUUCAGCCUGCUGACCUUUUUCACCUCCUCACAGAGUUCAUACAAAGUGUCUUCAUGUUUGUUUGUUGCCUCCAGAGUGUAAUCCCACUCUAACUAUGUCCAGCUGUACUCGAGUAUUUGUUGUGAUUACAUUACUUCUGAUCAAACAGCCAAUCAUCAUCC